UGUAGCGAUAUUUUGUUACAACCUAUGAUUCAAUUGAUGAUAAAACUGCGUAAGAGCAAUUGACGAAGAAACGACGACUUCAUGGCCUUUGCGUCCAGUAGUUGAUGGCUAAACGAAAACCGAUGUCUAAGACGGUCUUGUAUUGACUCAAAGCCCCGACUGAGUGGACCGUCUCUUUCGGCUACUCCGCCGAUCUCAUCCUCCUCCUCAUGGCCUUCUCCUCUUCUCACGCCGGCAACUCCAACGUCCGUCGUGGAAUUGGCGGCGGUUGGACCCGCUCUCUCCUCCCAUUCACAUCAUCAACCACCAAAUCCGGUAAACACAUUCGUAAAUCUCGCAAACGCGCUGCCGUCAAAGACUUCUUAUUCGCCAAUUUCUUUACCAUCGGACUCGCCGUAUCUAUCUUCUUCUUUUUUUUCGUUGUUUACCUUUACGGCGUUCCAAAACCUAUCUCCUCGCAAUUUCGUAUCGGCAAUUCGCGUGCCUUUAGGGUACGUAAGCCAGUUUAUCGGAAAUCUAAAUCUUCUUCGUCCGGGCAUGUAUCGUCGAAUCACUCUAAUCUAUCUUUAGGAGCUGCUUCUGUUGAUUUAACCACCAAGGAUUUGUAUGAUAAGAUCGAAUUCAAGGACGAAGAUGGUGGACCCUGGACGCAGGGGUGGAGGGUUUCUUAUAAAGGGGACGAAUGGAACAACGAGAAAUUGAAAGUAUUUGUUGUACCCCAUUCACAUAAUGAUCCUGGUUGGAAGCUUACUGUUGAUGAGUACUAUGAUCGCCAGUCUAGGCAUAUUCUCGACACAAUUAUCGAAACUCUUUCUAAGGAUGAACGGAGGAAGUUUAUCUGGGAAGAGAUGUCCUACCUAGAGAGAUGGUGGAGGGAUGCAUCAGAUGCUAAAAGAGAAUCUUUGAUCAAGUUACUGCAAAAUGGGCAGUUAGAAAUUGUUGGAGGAGGUUGGGUGAUGAAUGAUGAGGCCAAUUCACAUUAUUUUGCCAUCAUCGAACAGAUGAUGGAGGGAAACAUGUGGUUAAAUGAAACUGUUGGCAUAAUCCCAAAAAAUGCAUGGGCAAUCGAUCCAUUCGGCUAUUCAUCCACCAUGGCUUAUCUUCUUCGGCGAAUGGGCUUUGAAAACAUGCUUAUACAAAGAACUCAUUAUGAACUCAAAAAAGAACUGGCUUUACAUAAAAAUCUUGAAUACAUAUGGAGACAGAAUUGGGACACAGAUGAAACAACCGAUAUUUUUGUUCACAUGAUGCCCUUUUACUCCUAUGAUGUCCCACACACUUGCGGGCCCGAGCCCGCAAUAUGUUGCCAGUUUGACUUUGCAAGAAUGCACGGGUUCAUGUACGAGCGAUGCCCCUGGGGGAAACAUCCGGAAGAAACAACCCAAGAAAACAUGAAGGAAAGAGCCCUUACACUUCUUGACCAAUACAAGAAAAAGUCAACUCUCUACCGGACAAAUACCCUUCUUGUCCCUCUUGGAGAUGAUUUCCGCUACAUCAGCAUCGAUGAAGCAGAAGCCCAGUUUCGUAAUUAUCAAAUGUUAUUCGAUUACAUAAAUUCAAGCCCGGAGUUAAACACUGAGGCUAAAUUCGGAACUUUAGACGAUUACUUCCGGACUUUACGUGAAGAAUCCGAAAGAAUAAAUUACUCACGAACCGGUGAAAUCGGGUCGGGUCAGAUUUCCGGGUUUCCUUCUUUAUCGGGUGAUUUCUUUACUUAUGCUGAUAGACAACAAGAUUAUUGGUCUGGGUAUUAUGUUUCACGCCCUUUUUUUAAAGCGGUUGAUCGUGUUCUUGAACAAACCUUACGUGCCACUGAAAUGACUAUGGUGUUUCUACUAGGGUAUUGUCAAAGGGCUCAAUGUGAAAAAUUACCUACUGGUUUUACCCAUAAGUUAACAGCUGCAAGAAGAAACUUAGCUUUAUUUCAACAUCAUGAUGGGGUCACUGGAACUGCUAAAGAUCAUGUGGUUCAAGAUUAUGGUAUGCGUAUGCAUACUUCUUUACAAGAUCUUCAAAUCUUCAUGUCCAAAGCUAUUGAGGUUCUUUUAGGGAUCCAUCAUGAUAAAAACGAUCAAAACCCGUCUCGGUUCGAGCCCGCUUUGAUCCGGUCCAAAUUUGAUGCCCAACCGGUGCACCGACCGGUUAGUGCUAAUCAAGGAACCGUGCAAACCGUGGUCCUUUUUAAUCCACUUGAACAAACGAGAAACGAGGUUGUUAUGUUUGUUGUUGAGAGACCCGAUGUGACUAUUUUGGACUCGAAUUGGACUUGUGUGAAAAGUCAAAUAUCUCCUGAAUUGCAGCAUAAUAAAGUCAAAAUGUUUACUGGAAGACAUAGAGUGUUUUGGAAAGCUUCGAUUCCUGCCAUGGGGUUACAAACGUAUUACAUCGCGAAUGGUUUUGUUGGAUGCGAGAAGGCCAAACCAGCAAAAUUAAAAAUUUCUUCAAUUUCCGACACUACCCCUUGUCUUGCGCCUUAUACUUGCUCAAAGGUGGAGGGCGAUUCGGUCCAGAUUCGAAACCGGCAUCGAUCUCUUACGUUUAAUUCCAAUUUUGGCUUGUUACAGAAAGUAACCGAAAUGAAAGGCGCACAGAAUGUUGUUAACGAAGAGUUGGCGAUGUACACGAGCCCCGAGAGUGGGGCCUACCUUUUCAAACCGAACGGUGACGCCUCGCCGAUUACAGAGUCUGGGGGCGAAUUGGUAAUUUCCGAGGGGUUUCUGGUUCAAGAAGUUUUUUCGCAUCCGAAAACAUCAUGGACGAAAUCGCCCGUGUCCCAUAGUACCCGGAUUUAUAACUGUGAGGGGUCAGUUCAGGAACAUUUGAUUGAAAAAGAAUACCAUGUGGAGCUUCUCGGGGGUGAAUUUAAUGAUAAAGAAUUGGUUGUUAGAUACAAAACAGAAAUCGAUAACAAAAGAAUCUUUUAUUCAGAUUUAAACGGAUUUCAAAUGAGCCGUAGAGAAACAUAUGACAAGAUUCCUAUACAAGGAAAUUACUACCCAAUGCCAUCGCUUGCUUUCAUGCAAUCCGAAGGGCAGCGAUUCUCCGUGCACACGAGGCAGUCAUUGGGUGUGGCAAGCCCGAAAAAUGGACGGUUCGAGAUCAUGUUAGAUCGACGGUUGUUACGCGAUGAUGGGCGUGGACUCGGUCAAGGAGUCACCGAUAACCAUCCGAUGAAUAUAAUUUUCCAUCUCACUUUCGAAUCCAACGUAUCUGUAACACCCGAUCUUAUUCCAAACGCGGGUCCCGUAAGUCCGUCUCUUUUCUCACAUCGCGUUGGGGCCCACUUGAACUACCCGUUGCACGCGUUCAUUGCGAAGAAAGCGGAAGAAAUAUCGGUCCAACCGCCCCCGAGGUCUUUCUCGCCUUUGACGGCUCAGUUCCCAUGUGAUUUGCAUGUUGUGAGUUUUAAGGUUCCGCGGCCGUUAAAGUAUACUCAGCAGCAGGUUCUAGAAGAACCUAGAACUGUUUUGAUUUUGCAGAGGAGACAUUGGGAUUCAUCGUAUUGUUGGAAAGGGAGGUCGGAUUGUUCGAGAGUGGAUGAUGAGAUUGCGAAUUUGAAUCUGUUGAACAUGUUUCAGGGUCUUGAUGUGUUGAAUGUGAAAGGUACUUCUUUGAAUCUUUUGCAUGAUGAUACUGAGAUGCUUGGGUAUGGUGAACAGCCGACAGAUGGGCGGGUCGUUAUCUCGCCCAUGGAGCUCCAGGCUUAUAAGUUUGAUUUACGACCUCAUCAGUGACCUCUUAGUUACCACUUAAAUAUAUAAUAUUAUGGCUUUGAUCUUUGAUGAGACGAGACAAAAGGACGAAAGUACCCUCAAGGGUAUUAUUUUUUGGUGACAGUUACUUGACAAUUUUAAAUUGUCCAAGAAAUGAAGCAUUCGGGGUUGUUUCAUAGUUGAAGUUGUAGGUCGAAGAGAUGAUAGUGUUGUAGCAGCUUGGUUCUUUGUUUUAUCUCUUUGAUUUUUGUUUUUUUUAAUGUAUUUAGGAAAACGAUUGGUGUUGUUUUGUACACUUAUUAACAUAUGACAUGAUCAAAUCAAUAAUAGAAGGAUUGUUUAGAUGGUC